AUGAUUCAGCAGCUGCACAGCGACUCCUUCGAGCUGCUGUUGAACGUUCGGACACAUACGUGUAGAGAGAGGACAAUGGUCCGAUGGACAAGCUGCAGGGGACCAGGAGGCCACACAAAGCUCCACCAGAGGAGGCCACACAAAGCUCCACCAGAGGAGGCCACACACAGCUCCACCGGAGGAGGCCCCACAAAGCUCCAGAGGAGGCCCCACAAAGCUCCAGAGGAGGCCCCACAAAGCUCCAGAGGAGGCCACACAAAGCUCCAGAGGAGGCCCCACAAAGCUCCAGAGGAGGCCACACAAAUCUCCAGAGGAGGCCACACAAAGCUCCAGAGGAGGCCCCACAAAGCUCCAGAGGAGGCCCCACAAAGCUCCAGAGGAGGCCACACAAAGCUCCAGAGGAGGCCACACAAAGCUCCAGAGGAGGCCCCACAAAGCUCCAAAGGAGACCACACAAAGCUCCAGAGGAGGACGUCCCUGUGGGAACUGUGGGACCGGUCACAGACGUCCCUGUGGGACCACGUCUCCGUGGGAACGGUGGUCACGGACGUCUCCGUGGGAACGGUGGUCACGGACGUCUCCGUGGGAACGGUGGUCACCGACGUCUCCGUGGGAACGGUGGUCACGGCGGUCACGGACGUCUCCGUGGGAACGGUCACGGACGUCUCCGUGGGAACGGUCACGGACGUCUCCGUGGGAACGGUCACGGACGUCUCCGUGGGAACGGCGGUCACGGACGCCUCCGUGGGAACGGCGGUCACGGACGCCUCCGUGGGAACGGCGGUCACGGACGUCUCCGUGGGAACGGCGGUCACGGACGUCUCCGUGGGAACGGCGGUCACGGACGUCUCCGUGGGAACGGUCACGGACGUCUCCGUGGGAACGGUCACGGAUGGGUCACGGACGUCUCCGUGGGAACGGUCACGGACGUCUCCGUGGGAACGGUCACGGACGUCUCCGUGGGAACGGUCACGGACGUCUCCGUGGGAACGGUCACGGACGUCUUCGUGGGAACGGUCACAGACGUCUCCGUGGGACCGGUCACAAACGUCUCCGUGGGAACUGUGGGACCGGUCACAGACGUCUCCGUGGGAACUGUGGGACCGGUCACAGACGUUCAGACGUCUCCGUGGGAACUGUGGGACCGGUCACAGACGUCUCCGUGGGAACUGUGGGACCGGUCACAGACGUCUCCGUGGGAACUGUGGGACCGGUCACAGACGUCUCCGUGGGAACUGUGGGACCGGUCACAGACGUCUCCGUGGGAACGGUCACAGUCACAGACGUCUCCGUGGGAACGGUCACAGACGUCUCCGUGGGAACGGUCACAGACGUCUCCGUGGGAACGGUGGUCACGGACGUCUCCGUGGGAACGGUGGUCACGGACGUCUCCGUGGGAACGGUGGUCACGGACGUCUCCGUGGGAACGGUGGUCACGGACGUCUCCGUGGGAACGGUGGUCACGGACGUCUCCGUGGGAACGGUGGUUACGGCGGUCACGGACGUCUCCGUGGGAACGGCGGUCACGGACGUCUCCGUGGGAACGGCGGUCACGGACGUCUCCGUGGGAAACGGUCACGGAUGGGUCACGGACGUCUCCGUGGGAACGGUCACGGAUGGGUCACGGACGUCUCCGUGGGAACGGUCACGGACGUCUCCGUGGGAACGGUCACGGACGUCUCCGUGGGAACGGUCACGGACGUCUCCGUGGGAACGGUCACGGACGUCUCCGUGAGAACGGUCACGGACGUCUCCGUGAGAACGGUCACGGACGUCUCCGUGGGAACGGUCACGGACGUCUCCGUGGGAACGGUCACAGACGUCUCCGUGGGACCGGUCACAGACGUCUCCGUGGGAACUGUGGGACCGGUCACAGACGUCUCCGUGGGAACUGUGGGACCGGUCACAGACGUCUCCGUGGGAACUGUGGGACCGGUCACAGACGUCUCCGUGGGAACUGUGGGACCGGUCACAGACGUCUCCGUGGGAACUGUGGGAACGGUCACGGACGUCGCCGUGGGAACUGUGGGACCGGUCACAGACGUCUCCGUGGGAACUGUGGGACCGGUCACAGACGUCUCCGUGGGAACUGUGGGACCGGUCACAGACGUCUCCGUGGGAACUGUGGGACCGGUCACAGACGUCUCCGUGGGAACUGUGGGACCGGUCACAGACGUCUCCGUGGGAACUGUGGGACCGGUCACAGACGUCUCCGUGGGAACUGUGGGACCGGUCACAGACGUCUCCGUGGGAACUGUGGGACCGGUCACAGACGUCUCCGUGGGAACGGUCACGGACGUCGCCGUGGGAACGGUCACGGAAGUCGCCGUGGGAACGGACGUCGCCGUGGGAACGGUCACGGACGUCUCCGUGGGAACGGUCACGGACGUCUCCGUGGUACCGGUCACAGACGUCUCCGUGGGAACUGUGGGACCGGUCACAGACGUCUCCGUGGGAAUUGUGGGACCGGUCACAGACGUCUCCGUGGGAACUGUGGGACCGGUCACAGACGUCUCCGUGGGAACGGUCACAGACGUCUCCGUGGGAACGGUCACAGACGUCUCCGUGGGAACGGUCACGGACGUCUCCGUGGGAACGGUCACGGACGUCUCCGUGGGAACGGUCACGGACGUCUCCGUGGGAACGGUGGUCACGGACGUCUCCGUGGGAACGGUGGUCACGGACGUCUCCGUGGGAACGGUGGUCACGGACGUCUCCGUGGGAACGGUGGUCACGGCGGUCACAGACGUCUCCGUGGGAACGGCGGUCACGGACGUCUCCGUGGGAACGGUCACGGACGUCUCCGUGGGAACGGUCACGGACGUCUCCGUGGGACCGGUCACGGACGUCUCCGUGGGAACGGUCACGGACGUCUCCGUGGGAACGGUCACGGACGUCUCCGUGGGAACGGCGGUCACGGACGUCUCCGUGGGAACGGCGGUCACGGACGUCUCCGUGGGAACGGCGCUCACGGACGUCUCCGUGGGAACGGCGCUCACGGACGUCUCCGUGGGAACGGCGGUCACGGACGUCUCCGUGGGAACGGCGGUCACGGACGUCUCCGUGGGAACGGCGGUCACGGACGGCACGGUGGCUGAGUGGAUAGCACUCUCGCCUCUCAGCAAGAAGGUUUCCUCCGGGUACUCCGGUUUCCCCUACCACUAA